AUGGGUGUGACGAACAAGAAAACCAUAACGAAGACGCGGAGAAAGACCAGGGACGUGGACCAGAUCAAGGCGGACUUGCUGUCACCCAAGCAUUUGGCUCAGUGGAAGGACACCAAAGCCUCGGAGGAUCUCCCCGGCCUCGGCAGGCAUUACUGUAUCGAGUGCGCCAAGUGGUUCGAGACGGACUACAGUCUUGUAGAGCAUCGCAAGGGCAAGCCUCAUAAACGACGUGUCAAGCAGCUCCAGGAGGAACCUUAUACCCAAAAGGAGGCUGAGGCUGCUAUUGGUCUGAGGACGGACAACAAGGGUCCUCAGCCACGAGGCGAUGCUGAUGUGGAUAUGGCAUGA